CCUCCUCCUCCUCCUCAUCAUCAUCAUACCCAUUCAUCGCUCUCCUUCUCUCCUCUCCGAACUCCUCCUCUUUUGGUCGCCACCUACGUUAUGUAACGUACUAAGCGGUUCACAGGACCAUCAGCAGGAUCGGAUCCUCGGAAGAUGGACACGUCGCUGGUGCUGUGGGCGGCGUCGGUUACACUCUUGGCGACGGUGAUCAUCGCCCGGACAUGGGGGAUGAAGAGAAGCGGCCAAAGAGGUCAUCGACUCCCUGCAGGAUCCCGGGGUUGGCCUCUCGUCGGCGAGACCCUCCAGUUCGUGUCCUGCGCCUACUCGCCUCGGCCGGAGAGGUUCAUGGACAAGCGGACGCUCAUGUACGGGAAGGUGUUCAGGUCGCAUCUGUUCGGCAGCUCGACGAUCGUGUCGACCGACGCAGAGGUCAGUCGGUGUAUCCUGCAAAGCGAUGCGAGGACCUUCGUGCCGUGGUAUCCGAAAUCCCUCACGGAAUUGAUGGGGAAAUCCUCCAUUCUGCUCAUCAAUGGCAACCUCCAGAGACGAGUUCACGGCCUCAUCGGCGCCUUCUUCAAGUCCUCCGACCUCAAGGCUCAGAUCACCAGAGACAUGCAGAGCUACGUGCAGGAGUCCAUGAUCAAUUGGCAGGAUGAUCAGCUCAUCCGCAUCCAAGACGAGACCAAGAAGAUAAUCUUCCAAAUACUAGUCAAAGGGUUGAUUGGAUUGGAGCCGGGAAAGGAGAUGCAGUUGUUGAAGCAACAAUUCAAAGAAUUUAUUGCCGGGUUGAUGUCUUUGCCGGUGAAGCUGCCCGGGAGUAGACUCUACAGAUCACUACAGGCAAAGAAGAAGAUGGUGAUGCUAAUAAAGAGCAUCAUCGAGGAGAAGAGGAAGAACAAGUUGGGAUGCGCGCCGCGGGAUGUGGUGGAUGUGCUGAUCAACGACGCCAGCGGCCAAUUGACGGACAAUCUAAUAUCGGACAACAUGAUCGAUCUGAUGAUACCGGCCGAGGAUUCCGUGCCUGUUCUUGUUACACUAGCAGUCAAGUACCUCAGCGAAUGUCCUCUUGCUCUCCAACAUCUGGAGGAGGAGAAUACGCGGCUGGAGAAGAGGAGAUCGAUGCUGGGUGGGGAACUGCAAUGGGCCGACUACAUGUCGUUGAGCUUCACGCAACACGUGAUAACGGAGACGCUACGUAUGGGGAACAUAAUUAGCGGGAUCAUGAGGAAGGCGGUGAAGGAUGUGGAGAUCAGGGGGCACUUGAUACCCAAAGGCUGGUGCGUGUUCACGUACUUCCGAUCGGUACACCUGGACGAGAAGCACUACGAGGAGGCGUACAAGUUCAAUCCAUGGAGGUGGAAGGUGGGUGGCAGAGGAGGACCACAUCGUGAACUUUCCUACUGUAAGAAUGAAGGGGGGAAUGCCCAUCCGGGUAAGGAGGAGGAGCUGAUGCUAUGCAACAAAAUGGUAACCGGGGAGGGCCUCAGUCUUCUUCACAGGUAUGAACUCCGGAGGAGGAGGAGCAGAGGAGGAGAGAAAUAAUGACGGAGGGAGGGAGGUGGGACGAGCAAAGGGCUGUUGGCUUUAUGGCCUCAUGGGGUAAAAAGGGGGUGGGGGGAGGGUGGGAGUAGGGUAGGAUGGACCACCACCAGUGGCCUGUCAAUUUAGGGUGGGACGCCACACAGACUGAAAGCUCCCAUAGGGUGUAGAUAAAUACAUACUUUUUGAGCAUAGAAUAAAUGAUUGUGUACAGAGGAUGAUGAACGGAGGCCAUGUCACACGGUCGUAGGAUCACAGCCCCAACAAAAGAAAUGAAAGAGGUGAAAGGAGUCUGCGGCGGAGAAGAGAUGCGAGGGGUUUGACCGGGGGAAAGCUGCUUUUGGGAAGACGGAGGGGAAGGGGGAGAGUAUGCAGGGCCUAGAGAAGGGCUACCAAAGCUAGUAUAGUUUCAUUGCGAAUUCCAACCCUCGGCUGUGCUGCUCCUGCUGCUGUUGCUGACAAAAGUGGAGGUGGAGAGGACACUAAAGUGGGGUUGCUUUCAUGCGGUGGGGAUCGUGGCAAGCCCAUGCACUCUCUUCCAUCUUGCUCUUGCGUAACUUCACAAGCAGAGGUCCAAAAGGCUCCGAGCAGCAUCUCCUCAGACCACCACAGCUGCCUUCCUACCAUCUCUUCAUGGCGUUGGUGAUCCACCAGGUUUGUAGCCGAUCCUGUUGCAAAUGUGACAAGGGUGGGUGCCAUGGUGCAAAAACACUGUUGAGGGGGUGAGUGCGAGGUGUAAUAGAGCACAAGGAGGCUCAUUUAUGACAGACAACCAUCCAAGGCAUGGAUGAGAAUUGCCUUGCAACUUCACCGAGGGUCUCUCCGCCGCCUUGGGAGUCUCAGUGGCUUGUGAGAUGUAAGACUGAGAUCAACGAUUGCCAUAUGCACCACACAAAUGAAACGUUCGGGUUGUGUUAGUAAACCUCCACUGGUUUCCAUUUCCAUUACCAUUUCAUAUUAUGAUUCCUCAA